UUCAAACAGUUUGCAUUUAUGUGUUUGCCUCUCGGAGAAAAGUGGAUAAACAGGUUUAGUAUGUGUAUGCCUGUGUAUGCAUAGGAACAACUAAAAGCCACUAAAAGAGAAGUGAAGAAUUCAGUGAAGUGAAGAGUCAACAUAUCACCAUGCAGAGCCUGGCGUCUAAAGGCCGCACACUGUCAGAAGAGCAGUUCUCAUGUUCCAUUUGUCUAGAGGUGUUUGUGGAACCUGUCUCAACACCAUGUGGACAUAGUUUCUGCAUGGCUUGCCUGCAGGGCUACUGGAAUCACAGCAACAAGCUUCUGUGCCCCAUGUGCAAGAAGACCUUCUCCAAAAAGCCUGAGUUAUGUGUUAACCGUGUUCUUGCUGAGAUCGCCGAGCAGUUCCAGGGCCUUUCUGUUGCUCAAGUAGCGGGUGCUGAAGGGGUGGCCUCGCCAAGACCUGAAAAAAAAGACGAGGACAGCGGUGAGUUCGCCAAACCUGGUGAUGUGCCCUGCGAUGCCUGCAUUGGGAGAAAGCUGAAGGCCCUGAAGUCUUGUCUAAGUUGCCCGGGGUCCUUCUGCGAAGCCCACCUGCGGCAUCACAAAAAAGUCAAGGCCAUGACCAAGCACAAACUGGUGGAACCCAUCCACCACCUACAGGAGAAGGUGUGUAAAAAGCAUGAGCGCCUCUUGGAUGCCUACUGUCGCAAGGAGCAUGUGUGUGUGUGCCGCGAGUGUGCUGAGGUUGCGCAUAAGACACACAAUAUAAUCUCAGUGGAGCGUGAAUAUAAGAAGCUAUCGAGUCAACUGGGGAUGAGACGAUCUGAGCUGAAACAUCUGAUUAAAGAGAGAGUAAAGAAACUAGAAGAGGUCAAGCAGUCCAUUGCAGUUAUCAAAUCGAGCAGUCAGCGGGAGAUCGAGGAGAGCUGGGCUGUGUAUGCUGAGCUGCAGAGGCUGCUAGAGCAGAGUCAAGCCCAGCUGGUGGAGCACAUCACAUUCCGGCAGAAGCUGGCUGAGGAGCAGGCACGAGAUUUGGCCAGCCGUCUGGAGCAUGAACUUAACAUGCUCAAAAACAGGAGUUACGACCUAGACAUCCUCUCAAAUACCCAGGACAAAGUGCUUUUCCUCCAGCUUUUGCCCACUCUCCCUCCGCCACCCGAACCGACUGACUGGACAGGUGUGUCUGUGAACACUGACUUGUACCUGGGAACUAUCAGGAAGUCUGUCUCUGCACUCAUUGAGAAGUUUCAGGAAGAGUUGAAGCACCUCUAUGGGAAAGAGCUGAGAAAGAUGCAGAAUUAUGCAAGCGAGGUGCUUAUGGACCCAUCCACAGCACAGCGAAACCUGGUUGUCUCCGAGGAUGGGCAGCAGGUUCAUUAUGAAGAGGGCCGUAAAGCCGGAUCCCAGUCGGACAACCCACGUCGCUUCAGCCCAGCUCUGUUUGUUCUUGCUCGUGAAGGCCUCUCCUCCGGCAGGCACUACUGGGAAGUGGAUUUGGGACGGAAAACAGCAUGGACCCUAGGAGUGGCAAAGGCAUCUGCUCGUCGCAAAGGAGACCUUCGCCUCAAUCCUGAAGGUGGCUUCUGGUGCUUAUGGCUGAAAAACAACGAGGUGAGAGCUCUGGCCUCCAGCAGGAUUCCCCUCCAGCUGCCCACACUGCCACAGAAGGUGGGUGUCUACCUGGACCAUGAGGGAGGACAGGUGUCCUUCUAUGAUGUGAAGACACAGUCUCACCUCUACACAUUCAUGGACACAUUUGGUGAGAGUGUGUACCCCAUCUUCAGCCCAUGUGCCAAUCAAGAGGGAACGAAUGCAGGAGCACUGUCCAUCACAUCUGUGAAACACAGCUAAAGCAGCAUUGUUGUUUGUUAAAUAUGUUUAAAAACCUGCCUUAUUCUCAUAUAUAGUUCUAAAAAAAAAUCAUUGUUGGAUUAGGGAAAAUUAAAUUCUAUAUAAACAUCCAUGGAUGGAUAAACAUUAUAGGAUAAUACUACAUGAUAAUGUACUUUGAUUAA